AGUUAUGUGGGUGAGAGAGUUUGUGCGUGUUGCAGCAGUGCAGGCAGCUCUGGAGGUUAUUUUGAAAGUGACCCCCUCAUUGCCGCGGACCGCUCACAGCUGUCGGGAACCAUGACACAAGAUGACGGAUACGGUUGUCGUAGAGGGACAAGUCAGACUUCGAGAGGGGAAAAAGUGGAAAAACAGAUGGGUGAUUCUUCGGAAACCUUCGCCGGUUGCAGACUGCCUGACCUUGCUGGUGUAUAAGGAGCGUGGAGAGAAGAGUAAAGGACAACGGGAGAGGAAUCAGGCCACGCUGAGGGAUAUCUGUGGACUGGAGGCUCUCCAGGGGUUUGAUGGAGUGAAUUACAUGCUCAGUCUGCUCUGCCUGAGCCAGUCUGUCAUGCUGGGCUUCGACAACAAAAUGUCUCUUCUGGCCUGGGAUGCUCGUAUCCGCUACAGCCUCGGAGAGGUCCACAGGUUCAGUGUCAACGUUCAGCCUGGCACCAAACUAGAAAGUGGCCCUGCCUCCCUGCAUUUGUGCAACAACUUGCUUGUCAUCGCCAGAGAACUCCCUCCAACUGUCAUCGGCCAAUGGAAACUGUCAGACUUAAGACGAUAUGGUGCUGUACCUAAUGGAUUUGUCUUUGAGGGAGGGACACGAUGUGGCUACUGGGCUGGUGUUUUCUUCCUUGCAUGUGCAGAAGGAGAACAGAUCAGUUUUUUGUUCGACUGCAUCGUUCGUGGCAUAUCGCCAAGCAGGGGGCCGUUUGGACUGCGUCCAGUCCUGCCAGACCCCAGUGCUAACCCAUCAUCUGUAGAAGACCGGAUUAGCCAGGAGGCCAGUGAGCUAGAGAAACGACUCAGUAUGCUGUCCAUUUGUAGUCACCACAGCAGUGCAGCCUCCACCUUUAGUUAUGGCACCUCCUUGGCAGGAGAUGAUCGGAGCAUCUCCAGCUCCUCCUCUGAGACCAGCCAUUCUGAUAACAGCCUGGGCAGCCGCCUGACGAUAUGGCCUGAGCCAGUCAGACACCCCACCCCUGUCGAACCAUCAUCAUCUUCAUCUCCCCUGUUAGCAGUUACGGGAUCUAAGAGUACAGCCUGUUCUGUCAGCACGUCCAGUGACGAGCGUCUGUAUGGAGCAAUGAUGGGAGGGCUCCGUCCCCCAUCCAAGCCUCCUCACCCCAGAGGCCUUCAAGAGGCGGGACGCCAGAGCUCAACAGACAGUGGCAUUGCCACCGGAAGCCACUCUUCGUAUUCUGGAAGCUUCUCCUCCUACACUGGUAGUAUGGAUAUUGGGCAUAGAGAGACUGAUGAGUUUGGUUCCUUAACAAGCCUCCCUCAAAACCCCAAUUCAAACUCUAACUUUCUUAUCAACACUACAGUACGAACAAUUCCAUUAAUUCCUGAGCACAAACCGUGUGUGUGUCCACUCAGAGAGGCUGCUCAAAUGUACCAGGUACCCACUCCACCUCUCCAGCAUUACGACAUCCCUCGCAAGCUCCUACAACAUCAGGAGCAGUUUUUGACUGCUGCAAGCCAGGGACAGAGGCCUGAAUGUGGAGCUCUGGGACCAGAGGGCGUCCCUGCAGAUGCCACCCCCAAACAAACUGCCCCACAAAGAUUCAACUGGGGUGGUGAAGGAGCAGCGCCCCUUGAAGGUUCCACUACACUGCAAUUACAGCCCGCCAUCUGUCCUGACUGUGGGGGAGGAAAGGUGGAGGAGAGGAGCAGGUGUGAGGUGAGAAGCAGUUCUGAGGAGCAAAUGCCUGACGCUGAUCCAAAAGGCUACUAUGAGCAGAUGGCAUUCAUGAAUGAAGCAUCCAGGUGGCCACAGUUCAGAGCUGGAGAAUAUGGAGAGGCAGGACUGACAGUUAUUGACAAACUUCAAGGUGAUACUGUUAACUAUGUGAAUAUCCCCAUCAGUCCUACAUCUAAACGGCAGCUGCACUAUAUGGAGUUAGAUCUGCAGGACCGUCCAGAGUCAAGCCACACUGUCAGAGCGGCCGGCUCCAGCACUAAAUACGCCCACAUUGACAUCACUGCAACUGAGACAGCACAGAGGGUGGGAGCCCAGCAUGCACAGGGCCGAGAGGAGAGACUACAGGAACUAGAACAGAAGAGGAGAGGAACACUCACCUGAAAAUAUAACGAAGUGGAGUCAAAACGUCUGAGACCACAUUGAAAAUAUAGAUUUUUUUUCCCUUUUAAAUCGGGUUUGUGCAUUUUAAAAAUGAAAAUGUUUGUUUAUAUAUUUAAUAUAACUCUUAAGAUGGUUUCAUAUUUUAAGUCACUUUUUUGAAUUGUGAGCACAUUUUUGAAAACAACUUUUAAUAAUUUUCUUGCAUCCACUGAAACACAAAGCAUGCAUUAUCAGGUUUUACACAAACUUUUAUUGUUCAUGCAGCUCAAAUGCCAGUUGUCUUUUUAAAGCAACAAAAAAACAGAGCUAAUGUUAAGAAAUUCUUCAGUUCAUUUAUCUUUUUUUUUCAACUUUUAACUUUAAUUGUUAUGCUGAAAAAAAUGUUUGUUAGAGAAAUGUAUAUUUGAAUAAUAUUUGGUAGUGGUCUCUCAGACGUUCAGACUCUGUAUUUCAGUGGUUCUCAACACAGGGUUCAAGGUCCACUUUGGGGUCCUCCAUAUGACUUAAAUAUAUUGUUAAUAUAAUAAAAAGAUCUUACUCUAAAUUAAAAUCAGAAAAUAAUACAUACAACCAUAUAAAUAAAAAAGUAUCGGAGGGCCUUUGAAAAUUGGGUUGGACUUAAUUGGGCUUUGAGUUGAACUGCUGCUGCACGGUAUAAUGUUAAAGGCAUAGUUCAACCAAAAAUGAUCCUAUGAUUUACUCACCCCCAAGCCGUCCUAGGUGUAUAUGACUUUCUUCUUUCAGAAAAAUACAAUCAGAGUUAUAUUAAAAAUGUCCUGGCUCUUCCAAGCUUUAUAAUAGCAAUGAAUGGGGGUCCAGAUUUUAAAGCCCAAAAAAGUGCAUCCAUCUAUUAUAAAAUAUGCAU